AUGAAUAAAAAAGCUAAUCCAUAUAGAGCAACAUUUGAUGAGGUUACCAAGUUACAAGAGUAUUAUCAAGGAUACCAAAUUUCAUUUUGUUUAGGAGUUAUAAGCAAUCUAAAUGUAGCCGCAGCUCUUGGAGAUAAUCUACAAUGUAGACGUUCGGCAUUUGAUAUUGCAAAGGAAGUCGGUGCUAAUCCAGAUGCUCUAGAUCGUAUAAUGUAUACGCUAUCUGUGAACGGAUUCUUCAAGUUGGUAGGAUCAACUGAGCCUGGCCAAAGAGAGUUCCAACAUAAUGAGCUAUCAUUAACAUUGGUAGAUCCAUUUGUUCGCGAUGAAAAUCCAGAUCAAGAAGUUAUCUUUGCCAAAGGAAUGGCAUCAGUUUCACUUAGACAAACUCCAGUACUUGCAAAACUAAUUGAUUUCAAUCAAUUCGAUACUAUUUGUGAUGUAGUAAUUAAUUUCGAUCAACCAUCGAUGUUGGAUAGUCUUAGAGGUGAUUCUUGUAUUCAAGAGUUGCUCGAAAAUCCAAAGUAUACAGAAUGUCCAGGUAACUUUUUUGUUAGUGUUCCUCAAGCAGACUGUUAUGUUUUCAAAUGUAUAUUUCACAAUUGGGAUGACUAUAACUGUAGAUUGAUUCUUGAAACUGUUGCUAAAUCGAUUCCACCACAUGGAAAAGUUUAUAUCAUGGAGUACAUUGUUGGAGAAGGUUUAGAAGGUGACCAAAAAUAUGUUUCAUUAUUAGAUAUUCAUAUGUUACAAUUAUGUGAUGCCAAAGAGAGAACUAAAAAACAAUUUGAACAAUUGGUUGAGAAAACAUCAUUUAAAAUCAACAAAAUUACAAUGUGUAACCAAUUACAUUGUCAGAAUGUUAUAGAAUUGGUUUUAAGAAAUUAA